AUGGAAUUUACAAAGUCUGAUGUGAUAGUUCAACAGUUAGGAAAUUAUUCCAAUGACCCAUUAAAUAAUUUAGACAGUAUAAUUAAACUUUUAAAGCAAAUUACUUUUACAACUCAAAGUAACUUGACAUACAGGGAGACCUUAGGGAAUAAAUUUCAGUUCUGGAUAGUUACAACCAAACUUUGGGAGUGGUCAAAAGAAAAGUUUUUAAAAGAGGAACUUAUUGUCUUGCCUAUCGUAUUAGAGCUCGUUCGACUUUUUCGAAAUAUUGUCGCGGCGGUUUCCGAAAAUCAAAACCAAGCCUUGGAGCAUAAAUGGAAUAAAAUUACCGAGGAAAUUUUGUGGUACUCUAUGUUAAAGUUCAAUUCUGAGGCUGAUAAUAAUUUUAUUUCGAUUAUAAGGUUCGGAUCGCAAGCGUUAUCCAAUGCUAUAACCGGGAAUGCAGGUGCUCAAGAAAUUAUUUGGUCGGAUUACACGAAUCGAAAUGAAUCCAAUGAUAUCUUAAGCGAGCUUGUUAAGUGUGAGGAUAGUGUUGUCUUGACGGGUGCUUUAAUCCUUGUAUAUAAUUGUGUACAUGAAAGCGAAUCUCGAAGAUACGCGUUAGUUUCGCGUUUAAUAGACUUUAGCCUUUUCCCAUUAUUAUACGAUUCAUUAAGUCAACCACAAAGACAGGCUCCAACGCGACAUCAAAUUAUACUACUAAAAAUUCUUGACUCCAAAUUUUUUUCAUCAUUAAAAAUCGAUGAAUUUUCUAUUUCCUUAUGCGUUUGUAUUAUAAGAGCUUUUCAUUCAAUUUGUCAUCAAGUCAUAUAUUCCAUGCAACUAGUUGAAAAUGACUCCAUAAUGCAUUCAAAAAGUCAAGAUGAUCAACAACACGAAGGUUCGCGCCUAUUAUAUACCGGAUUAGUAUUGUUCCUUCAAUGUAUUGGAAAAAUGAGUCAAGAAGGAGAUAAAAAAGUACGCGAAUGUUUAUUCAAAGAAGGGAUUAUCGCAUCCAGUAUAUGUAAGGCCGAUAAGUCCCUUCCACGUAUGACUAAAGCAACCGAUACUCAAAUUUCACAUACAUUUCAACAGGCUUCUUCAGGAUUCGCGUUCAUUAAAAGAGAUAUCGUGAAAAUCAUAGGUAAUAUGGCAUAUGAAAACAAGAUUGUUCAAGAUGAGGUUCGCGAAUUAGGUGGAAUUCCAUUAAUAUUAAAUCAAUGCAAUAUUGAUGACAAUAACCCUUAUAUUCGGGAACAUGCGAUCUUUGCUUUACGAAAUAUUUUAAUUCACAAUCCUGAAAAUCAAAAACUUGUUGAGCAACUUGCGCCAAUUGAAACAGUUCAGCAUUCAGCCUUACAAGAUGUUGGUAUUAUGACAGAACUUGGAAAAGAUGGGAAAAUAAAGUUAACUACAAACGUUCGAAAAUGA